AUGAAGACUUCUUUUCUUGUAUUACUCUUUGUCUCUCUCGUGAGCUUUGUGCUCGCCGACGGCCUGGAGAUCGUACCAGGUGCAACUUGGACAGUCCCCAACACUGGGAAUCACCUUCAAGCGCACGGCGGUGGGAUCAUAAAGAUCGACGACACGUUCUACAUCGUUGGCGAGAACAAGACCGCAAAACCCGGUGACAACCUCUUCCAAACAGUUGCCUGCUACAAGUCCAAGGACCUUGUGCAGUGGGAGUUUGUGAAUGACAUUUUGAAGGCCACAGCCGAGGGCAAUUCGGACCUAUCUCCAGAGGGUAUCAUUGAGCGACCAAAGGUCAUCUAUAACGAAAAGACAAACAAGUAUGUGAUGUGGAUGCAUGUGGACAAGCCGGGGUACGGGUACGCGAGAGCGGGCGUAGCUUGGUCAGAUUCGGUAUGUGGAGAUUACACAUAUGUGGCUAGCUACAGACCGCUGGACAAAUACGUGUCGAGAGAUCUGACAGCGUGGGUGGAUGACGACGGGACAGGUUAUCUAUUUGGAGAAGAUCGCCCCACGGGGUUGGUUAUCUUUAAGUUGUCGGAUGACUUUUUGACGAUCGAUUCGGAGGUUUAUAACUUCAAUGAGCACAUCGAAAGUCCGGCAAUUAUGAAGGAUGAUAACGGUGUCUACUAUGUUCUGGGAUCACAAUUGACGGGUUGGGCUGCAAAUGACAAUUAUUAUUCUACUGCCGAGAAUAUAGCUGGCCCUUGGUCAAAUUUGACUCUUUUUACCCCAGCCGGCUCCAAGACGUAUCAGUCACAAAGCUCCUACGUUCAACGUGUUGGAAAGACAUUUGUCUACAUGGGAGACCGCUGGUCACCCGGAAACCGCGCUGGCCUAGGCGCCUCCACAUACAUCUGGCUCCCACUCGAGCUCAAUACCGAAACCAGGACCCUUAACCUCACCUGGUACGAUUCCUGGUCCAUCGACCCACGCACAGGCGACCUAUCGUUCCCAAGCCACAAGGUUUACGAAGCCGAGACAGCAGAACUCGAGAAUGGCGCGACUGCAGUUCAAGCAGAUGGCUUCUACCAGAAAGGCAGCGGCGUCGUGGAUCUUGGCGGCCCGGAGAAUGGAAAACUGACAAUCGAGGGCAUCACCAAGAGCGUAAAGAAGGGUCUUACUAGUAUCCUGAUCAGGUAUAAGAACGACCAGAACGUAACUGCAUAUGGGAAGUUGAAGGUCGGAAACCAGAAGCCAGUGCGGGUGGCUUUCAACCCAACACAUCCCCAGGAUCCGUGGAAUUCGCCGACGGUGAAUAUUUCAGUCAUUCAUGGGUUCAAAUUUCCGGAUCGUGUGCAGAGCUUGACGUUUGAGGGCUUGGAGAGUGUUAAUGUGAAUAAUACGGCGGACGUGGACUCUUUUCUUAUUAAUGUGUGGUAA